AUGCACAAGGAGAAGGAGGAUCUUCACGCUCACAGACGGGAUCAUUAUGACCACAUCAUGCCAGACGGGGAGAUGUUUCUGCAGGCACUCAACGGCUUCCUUAUGAUCCUGACGUGUGAGGGUGAGGUGUUCUUUGCGACGCACAGCAUCGAGAGCUAUUUAGGAUUCCAUCAGUCAGAUAUUGUCCACCAAUCGGUGUACGAGUUGGUACAUUCCGAAGAUCGGGAAGAGCUUCAGAGGCAGCUCUUAUGGAAUUCUUUUCUUCAGCCGGAAGUCAAUAAUUUGACCCUUCAAGACGUCUUGAGGCCUGAAAGGGCUCAUCUACUUGAAAGAAGUUUUACAGUGCGGUUUAGGUGUUUACUGGAUAAUACGAGUGGAUUUCUUAGGUUAGACAUCCGAGGAAGAAUAAAGGUACUGCAUGGUCAGAAUAAAAAAACUGAAGACCCGCCAUUAGCACUAUUCGCAAUAUGCGCACCGUUCGGACCUCCAAGUUUACUCGAAAUACCACAAAAAGAAGUAAUGUUCAAGAGCAAACAUAAGUUAGAUCUCGCUUUAGUUUCAAUGGAUCAAAGAGGGAAAAUGCUUCUAGGAUACACAGAUGCCGAGCUUGCAAAUAUGGGCGGUUAUGACUUAGUACAUUACGACGACCUGGCUUACGUUGCGAGUGCGCAUCAAGAAUUAUUAAAAACCGGAGCAUCAGGCAUGAUCGCGUACAGGUUUCAGACGAAAGAUGGUCAGUGGCAAUGGCUGCAGACGUCUUCACGUCUUGUAUAUAAGAACUCGAAGCCGGAUUUUGUUAUCAGCACGCAUAGGCCUUUAAUGGAGGAGGAAGGUCGUGAUCUCUUGGGCAAACGUACUAUGGACUUUAAAGUGAGCUACCUAGACACUGGUCUGACCAGUCUCUAUUUCUCUGAAACCGAACAACUCUCGAACGAGUCCACUGUAACGACGCCACCGCGCGCCGCCCGCCGAUACAAAACCCAGCUCCGAGAUUUCCUUUCCACCUGCAGAAAUAAACGGCGGGUUCCCACCACGCCGGCCCCGCCACCUGUAGACUAUCUCGCAGCCGAUGCGGUCGCGGCCUAUACGAACCUGAACGGGGCCUACACAGCCCCUUACGGGGAAUACCCGCCGGCGCCGACCCUCCACUACGCCCCUCCUUUAGACGACAGGUUCCUCUCAGCCGAUAACCUCUUCCACCAAUACAAACCUCUAUCCUACCACUAUACACCUUACACCCCCAACGGUUUCCUUGAACCUCCAGGGUACGACGUGACCACGUACCGACCUCCAUCAAGGGAAUACACGUACGUGGAUAGCACCGGGCGGUAUAUGAGUCCCGUGACCGGUGAGCGGCGAUCUCCCAGUGUAGUUCCGGGACCGAGUCCGGGAGGUUCCAGCGGGUCCACAGAGCAGGAGAGGAUGCAGACAGCCCCCGAGAUGCCCCGGCAGACGGUGUUGAUGUGGGGAGCCGGUGGGGCAGCUCAAGAAGUCCCGGUGGAGUACUCCCCACCCCAGGUCUGGCGUUAUCCAUCCCACUACCACACAGCUGAGGCCACGCAGUGA